UAUAUAUGGCACCAGAUCGGUCCUCGAUGGAAGGUGUAAACAAGAUGCUCUGACCAACCCUAUAACAAAGCUCGCAUCUAGAUGAACAAAGGUCAACAUAGUCAAUCGUUAUUCUAGCCCGUCGCCAAUCCUUUUUAAUAUGCGCUAUUCACUCGGAACGCUUCUUCUCGCUCUCAGCCAGGGCAUAUAUGCCGACUGCGGCUGGCGUCUUAACGGUAACGACUGCAUCUGCAUGAACAGCGCCAACGGAAACGCAUGGUCCCAGUGGACAAAUUAUUGUUGCCAGGCCAUGGGCAGAAACACAGGUGGCUUCGGCCCUGUUUGCACCGUGACCAAGGACUUGAAGCAAACCUUCAAGGACUGUUGCAAAUAUCAAAACAAGGAGUCACUCAUUGGGCAUUGUAGAUAGAUGUUCGAUCGCCGCAUAUGUGCGGGAUUGGAAAAGAGGCCUGGUAACGCGGGGCAUCUUUGGGCCUACGGAAUACUUUUGACAGUGCAGACAGGAAAGUUAAUAGAGCGAGUGGGAUGUCACAAGUCUAACCGUCGGAUGGUUUAUCAUCUAUUAUGCCCAUUAAGCCGUUGAAUUAAGUUUCAAGAGUAAGAAAUCGGACCAAACAUUGCAUUUUCCUUUUUGCGUUUGGAUAUUUGGUGGAGAGGCGUUCCAUAUUGCUGUGUUAACUGAUAGGCUUGUUUUCCUUUUUGGUAUCUAGACAUAUUUAAGGUAGGUAAGGUAGGUAUGGUACCAUAUAUUCGUCAACAUUUCUUGACGUCACCUGCCCCGCCGUGGGGUUGAUCAAAGGUAACCUCCCCUGUGAACGCAACAAACAAGUGAAGAACGCCUACGUACCAAAACAGACUGCUCAGGAGUUUGGACGAACGUGGGUGCAUCCACAUAGUAGUGAAAAAAAAAAACUGGUCAGAAUGGCAAGCUCCUUCAGUACCGCGACGACCGGCAGCCUAUCACCGCCUCGUCACACCGUCAUAAUUGGUGGCGGCAUCGUUGGAGCCUCGACACUCUAUUACGCCGCAAAAAACCAGAUCCGGGGGAAAGCCUCGCCGCCUUCGCGACUGACUCUAGUCGAGGCCUCUUCCGAGCUUGCUCCAGGCGCAAGUGGGAAAUCGGGCGGCUUCUUGGCGCUAGACUGGCAUGGAGCUGCAACGUCUAGCUUGGCUGAGUUGAGCUACCGGCUGCAUCGCGAGAUUGCCAAAGAAGGCAAUGGAGGUGAGAGAUGGGGUUACCGAGCCGUUGAGGUGAGGGCUAGCCGAUUUUUUUUCCCCUUUUGCAUGUGGUUCCUUCAUUUUCGAAACUGACUGACUGAAACUUGACCGCAGACUCUGCAAAUAAACAUCGAUACCACAAAGAGUCGAUCCAAAUGCCCCAAGGAGCUGAACUGGGUGGAUCCCUCGAUUGUGACGUCGACUAGUACUCUGGGAUCCAGCGAUACCACGGCGCAAGUCACACCCAAGCACCUGGUCGAGUAUAUGGUGGAGGCGGCGCUGAAGCAUGACGGAGUGGAAGCUCGAGUCGCCACAACGGCGACGUCCAUUGAUCUUGACGACCAAGGUAGAGUGCGUGGGUUACACGUGAGAACUUCACAGGGUCAAGAGGACCAUAUCGAAUGUGAUUGCGUUGUAGUUGCGGCAGGGCCUUGGACCGGAUCUCUACUGAACUCGCUGCUACCUGGCGACUCCUUAAAAAAGGUACCGUUGCAGAUGAUUCGCAAGGGCAAAACAAUCGAUGGAUCUAGAGCACAUUCUAUCGUGGUGCGCGGUACCAGACCAACAACGGAGCACUGCUUGUUCACCGAUAUGAAAUACGUACCAAAGAACAGCACAGAAAAACACGUGCGUGCGGGUGCGCCCGAGGUUUACGCCCGCGGAGAUGGCACUGUCUAUGUCUGCGGAGGAUCAGACGAUGUGCCACUGCCAAAAACAGCCGACGAGGUCACGUACGACAAGGCACAGACGGCCAAGCUUGUUGAACAGAUCAGAGUAAUCAGCCCUGAAAUUUUGGGAGAAGACGCCACGAUUGAGAAGGAGCAGGCUUGCUAUCUUCCGGGAGGGUCAUUCAACGGACCUUUGAUUGAUGGGUCUUCUGAGCAUGGUCUGUAUAUCGCGGCUGGCCACACUUGCUGGGGAAUCACUCUGGGACCUGGAACAGGGUUGGUGAUGGCAGAGAUGAUUUUUGAGGGCAAAGCCUCGUCGGCCGAUGUUGACAUGUUGAAGGCUUGAGGAAAGUUGCGGUGGUUGGGAUGAAAUUAUGAAGUAGGAAGCGUUGUAAUUGUAAACAGGUAGGCACCUACAUAGGUAGGUAGGUAGGUACAAAACAAAUUUAGCGACCACGGUCAUAAUAUUAG